AUGGACACGGAACGUCUCGGGGUGAGUCGCAAACACGAUGGCGAAACUGUCGUUGCUGGUCGUAGUUUUAAGCCUCACGACUCUAUCGGCACUUGUUCAAGCCGGCCCGCGCAGCGCAUCGUGAUGGGGUUAUAUGGAAAGACGGUUCCUGAGACGGUUGAGAACUUUCGUGCGCUUUGCACGGGUGAGAAGGGUGUGGGCAAAAGUGGCAAGCCCCUCCACUACAAGGGAAGUAUCUUCCACCGUAUCAUUCCUGGAUUCAUGUUGCAGGGUGGAGACUUUACUAAUUUUGACGGCACGGGUGGCGAGAGCAUUUACGGCGAAAAAUUUCCGGAUGAAAACUUCAAAUUGAAACAUACUGGGAAGGGCACUCUCAGCAUGGCAAAUGCUGGUGCAAACACGAACGGUAGCCAAUUCUUUAUUUGCACUGUCAAGACAUCGUGGCUGGACGGUCGCCAUGUUGUUUUUGGUCGUGUGAUCGAGGGAAUGAAUGUGGUGGAUGCUAUCGAAGCCGUGGGAUCGCAAAGCGGUACACCCAAUAGAAUAAUUGCAACGUUCUGGUGGCCUACCAAAUCAUCAAAUGUGGGCUAA